AUGGCAUCUCGUUCCAAGGGCAGGGAGCAGGCCAGAUGGGAAGCCGCCGCAACGAGCAACUGGGAACUUCACGAAGGUGCUGAUGGCGAUAUCGAGGGCGUUCUCGGCGGGAUCGAGGAGGCGGGAAAACGCAAGAGAUUGCUAAAAGACACCACGCCUCUGCAACGAGGUAUCAUUCGCCACACCAUACUCAUCCUCGACCUAUCCACUGCGAUGUCCGAGAAGGAUCUACGGCCCACGAGGCUCCUACUGACCAUCAACUAUACCAUCGGAUUUGUCAGGGAGUUCUUCGAGCAGAACCCCAUCUCUCAACUCGGGAUCUUGGGCAUGCGUGAUGGCAUCGCCAUCCGCAUCAGCGACAUGUCUGGCAACCCAAACGAUCACAUCAACGCAGUAAAGGCGCUGCGAGCCAUCGAGCCCAAGGGAAACCCUUCUCUCCAAAAUGCGCUAGAUAUGGCCCGGGCGGCACUCUACCACACCCCCUCGCAUGGCACAAGGGAGGUGGUGAUCGUCCUUGGCGCUUUACUUACUUCAGACCCUGGCGACAUUCACGAUACCAUCAAAGCGUGCAUCAAAGCGCGGAUCCGAGUGAGCAUCAUCGGUCUCGCUGCUCAAAUGCACAUUUGCGCUGAGAUCUGCCGAAAGACGAAUGCUGGUGAUGAGAACUGCUACCACGUUGCCAUCGAUGAGGUGGACUAUCGCGAGCUGCUGAUGUCAAUUACGACACCGCCAGUCGUACGCUCGACUGACACCGAAGCGCAGCGACGGAAUCAAGCCGCGUUACUCAUGAUGGGCUUUCCGUCACGCAUUGUCGAGGAAAAUGCAACGCUGUGCGCGUGUCAUGGGAACCUCACCCGCGGUGGCUACCUGUGCAGCCGGUGCAAGGCCAAAGUCUGCAACCUUCCGGCCACAUGUCCAACGUGUGACCUCACCCUCAUUCUCUCCACGCAUCUGGCCCGAUCCUACCACCACCUCUUUCCGUUGAGGAAUUGGGCCGAAGUUUCUUGGAGCCGCGCGAGGGAAAGAGGGAGUACGCAAUGCUACGGCUGUCUUACGCCAUUCCCGCGUAUUCCUGCAACUCAGCAGGGCCAUGACGAGGAACCAACAGCGGCCAGACGCCCGCGAGCCGAAGGAGCGAGUGAGUCGAGUCGUUACGAAUGUGAGACGUGUCAGAAUCACUUCUGCAUCGACUGUGACGUCUUUUGCCAUGAGACCGUGCACAAUUGUCCAGGGUGCCAGAGCCGGGCCCAUCUUCCAAGCAUGGAAGGCCGCCAGAAGGAAAUCGAUGGUUCGAUGCAUAUCUGA